AUGAAUCUUCUAUCAAUUCAAUUAGAAAGUUAUAUCUACAAGGCUGCCGUCCAAGUCCCAGCCACACACACAGAAGACUUAGGCAAGUAUUUCACUAAUAUUUACAAUUACUACAAGCAAUACGGCUACAAGACAGUCGUUAUGUGUGCAUCAUUUCGUAAUACAGGCGAAAUCACAGAAUUCGCUGGCUGCGACCGCCUUACAAUCCAUCCAUCCCUUCUUAAGGAACUCCAGGAGUCAAAUAAAGAACUUCAAAGCAAGCUCGAGUGCAAGGGUGAUAUGCUUCCAGAACCAACGACAGAGGCUGAAACUCACUCAAGGCAUUCGUAA